CAGAGACAAUAUCGGCUAUUAUUCCAUCACUGCAAACGAUUAUAAAAAUUGUAUUUUGUGCCGGAUUGCGAAGGAAAAUUGGGUGAAAUCUCAAUAAAAAGCAUUAAAUUGUCUGGCGGUGAGUGUUGGGAGAACCAAUAGCAGUCGGUACUGCACAUACUCCGCACAGCCCGUGAGUUUGAGCGCGCCAGCGCUGAGCCGGCGCCCAAGAACCCAAGGGAACCGCCAUGUCGAAGAGUUCCGGGCGGGAUCGGGAUAGGGACAGGGAGCGGGAGAGGGACCGCGACCGUGAUCGGGAUCGGGACAGAGAUCGCGAGCGGGACAACCGGCACGACAGUCGCAGCCGCGACUAUGACAUGGGCAAGUCCAGGAAUGGAGGCGGAGGCGGCGAAAGAGGCGGCGGUGGUGGCUCCAGAAGUACGCGGGAUGGCCGCAAGCGCGGCAAGGACAUGACCAGCGACCGCGGCCGACGGGACGACAAGAGGCGGAAGCGUUCCAGGUCAAAGGACUACGAGAAGGAUAAUUCUCCCCACUACAGGCGCUUGGACAAGGAACGUGAUCGUGAUCGGGAUCGCGAUCGGCAGCGGGAAAAGGAUCGCGACCGCGAGAAGGACAAGGAGCGCGAACGGGACAAGGAUCGCGAGCGGGACCGCCAGCGGGAACGGGAGUCGGAUGGCAGACGGGCCGCUGCAGCCGCACCACUGGUCAUCCCUGUGCCAUCAACUAGCUCCUCAGACGAAGAAAUGGAGGAGAUCGACAAGGAGGAGCAGCAGCGUCGCUUAGAGCAGGAGAUGAUUAAACGGAGGGAGCGUAUCGAGCGCUGGCGGGCGGAACGCAAGCGGGACACCAAAGUGGCUGCCGUGACGCCGGCUGUGGUCAAGUCCACAAAGAAAUGGAGCCUGGAGGACGAGUCCGAGGAGGACGACAGCAAUCCCGCUCCGGCACUGGACGCUGGGAAAAAGGACGCCGAACCGGACUCACCGCCCUCCAAAUUCCACAGCAUUCGCAAGCGUUUCGACGAUGACGUGGUCGAGUCGAAGUUCUCGCCUCUGAAGCGUCCCACCUUUAGUAAGUCGUUUGGCGCCAAAUUAGGCAUGGGUCUGGCUGCUCCCAAAACCGAGGCUGAGAUCAAGAAAGAGCCACCCGCCGUGGAGCCCAAGAAGGAGAUCAAAAAGGAGCCCGAACCAGCUCCCGUCAAAAUGGAGAUCGUCGAGGAGCCCGCCGCCAAAACGGAGGAGAAGGCCAAGAAGGAGCCGGAGCAGCAGCCGCAGGCGGAAGUCAAACCAGAACCUAUAGCUGAAGACAAGCCGCCGCCCGAGGCCGAGCCAGAAGACGACAUCGAUCCACUGGAUGCGUAUAUGCAGGAGGUCAACAAUGAGAUGAGACGUGUUAACAAUUUCGUCAAUCCACCUACCAAAUCCCAGGGCGUGGUUAUCCUCACAGGCGUGGCCAAAAAGAAGACGGCGACGUUGAAGAAGGGCGAGCUGAUUGAACAAAACAUGGACAGCCUGGAGUAUUCCAGCGAAGACGAGCUGGAGGACAUACGAGACACGGCCGUUAACCUGGCAAUGAAGCAUCGCAAGGAGCUGGCCAAAAUCGAUCAUUCCUCAGUGACCUAUGCGCCCUUCCGCAAGAACUUCUAUGUCGAGGUGCCGGAGUUGGGUCGCAUGACCUCCAGCGAUGUGGAGAAGUAUCGCACCGAACUGGAGGGCAUCCAGGUGAAGGGCAAAGGCUGUCCAAAGCCCAUUAAGACCUGGGCGCAGUGCGGCGUCAGCAAGAAAGAGAUGGACGUGCUGCGACGGCUGGGCUUCGAGAAGCCCACGCCCAUCCAGUGCCAGGCCAUACCGGCCAUCAUGUCCGGACGGGAUCUGAUAGGUAUUGCUAAAACUGGCAGUGGCAAGACGUUGGCAUUCAUUUUACCAAUGUUUAGGCACAUUCUGGACCAGUCGAGCCUGGAGGAUGGCGACGGCGCGAUCGCGAUCAUAAUGGCGCCCACGCGCGAACUCUGCAUGCAGAUCGGCAAGGACAUCCGCAAGUUUAGCAAGUCGCUGGGCCUGCGGCCAGUUUGUGUUUACGGCGGCACGGGGAUCUCCGAGCAGAUUGCCGAGCUGAAGCGUGGCGCAGAGAUAAUUGUGUGUACGCCGGGUCGCAUGAUCGACAUGCUGGCGGCGAAUUCCGGACGUGUGACGAAUCUACGGCGCGUCACCUAUGUCGUAUUGGAUGAGGCAGAUCGCAUGUUCGACAUGGGCUUCGAGCCGCAGGUGAUGCGCAUCAUCGACAACGUACGGCCGGAUCGCCAGACGGUCAUGUUCAGCGCCACAUUUCCACGGCAAAUGGAGGCGCUCGCACGGCGCAUCCUCAAGAAGCCCAUCGAGGUGAUCGUCGGCGGGCGGUCGGUGGUGUGCAAGGAUGUCGAACAGAAUGUGGUCAUCCUCAACGACGACGCCAAGUUUUUCAAACUUCUGGAGCUGCUUGGCAUCUACCAGGAGGCGGGCAGCAUCAUUGUGUUCGUCGAUAAGCAGGAAAACGCCGACAUCCUCCUGCGCGACCUCAUGAAGGCCUCGUAUCCCUGCAUGAGCCUGCACGGCGGCAUCGAUCAGUUCGACCGCGACUCCACCAUCAUCGAUUUCAAGUCGGGCAAGGUGCGGCUGCUGAUCGCCACCUCGGUGGCAGCGCGCGGCCUGGACGUUAAGGAUCUCAUCCUGGUGGUCAACUACGAUGUGCCCAACCACUACGAGGACUAUGUGCACAGAUGUGGCCGCACUGGUCGCGCGGGCAAGAAGGGCAGCGCCUUCACGUUCAUCACACCCGAACAGUCGCGGUACGCCGGCGACAUCGUUCGGGCUUUGGACCUAUCCGGCACCCUGAUUCCCGCCGAACUACAGACCCUGUGGACGGAGUACAAGGCCGCCCAGGAGGCCGAGGGCAAGACGGUGCACACUGGCGGCGGUUUUAGCGGCAAGGGCUUCAAGUUCGACGAGCAGGAGUUCAAUGCCGUCAAGGAGAGCAAGAAGUUGCAAAAGGCUGCCUUGGGUCUGGCCGAUUCCGAUGAUGACGAGGAUAUCGAGCAGGAUAUUGACCAGCAGAUCGAGCAGAUCUUUGCGGCCAAGCGAACGGUUAAAGACACUUCGGCCGCGGCCACAGCUGCGGCUGCUGCGGCGGCUGCUGUUGCCGCCGUUUCCGGAGGAAAUCCAGCUCUAGCCUCGGCGGCGGCUCAAGCGGCGGCAGCGGCUGCUGCUGCCAAUUUGGCCAUCGCAACGGCGUCGGCUUCGGCGGGGGGUGGUGCGCAAAAUGCGGCUGUGGGCGGAGCGCUAAGCUCCGAUAAACUUGAGCUGGCCAAACGGCUGGCCUCCAAGAUCAACAGCAGCAAGAACCUGGACACCAAGAGCAGUGUGGUGACCGUGGAGCCCAUGCUGAAGGGACCACAUGUCACUGGCGCCGCCGCUCCGCUGCUGACCGCACGCACGGUGGCCGAGCAGAUGGCCGCCAAGCUGAACAACAAGCUCAACUACCAGCCCAAGGAGGAUGAGGAGGGACUGGGCCCACUGAUGGGCGGCACCACCAAUUCGUUCACCAAAUACGAGGAGGAGCUGGAGAUCAACGAUUUCCCGCAGCAAGCACGCUGGAAGGUCACCUCCAAGGAGGCCCUCGCCCAGAUCUCCGAGUAUUCGGAAGCGGGUCUCACCGUGCGCGGAACGUACGUUCCGCAGGGCAAGAAUCCACCGGAUGGCGAAAGGAAGCUCUACCUGGCCAUCGAGAGUUGCAGCGAGCUGGCCGUGCAGAAGGCCAAGCGCGAGAUCACGCGGCUCAUCAAAGAGGAGCUGCUGAAGCUCAGUUCCGCUCAUCACGUCUUUAACAAGGGACGCUACAAGGUUGUCUAGACUCUAGACACCUGCCCUGAAAAGCGACUCGCUAUGAUAAGAUUAUGUACUGUACCUUGGAAUCAGAUUAACGAUCAGAUUAACGUAAGGAAUCGUCUGAGACCAAGUUGCCCAAGCGUCUUUAUUCCAAUAAAUCGAUUGGAUAUAUUUUUUGUGUUUAAUUUGGAGUAAAGAUGUUGAAAAUUGUAAUAAAACGAUAGGAGCUUACCGAAACAUAUUUAUUUCAGCUAUUGGUUUGUGGACAGUUUAAAGAUAUUUAGGAAUUAUAUACACAAACGAAGCACAAUAACUUUUAGGUUUCACAAAUCGGGAUAAUCGAAUUCAUAUAUCGAAUAAGAAAUGAACCGAUUUAUAAAAAAUUGCACUUAUUUUUUAAUUGGGAUUCCAAUAAAUGUAUUUCUUGGAUACAAACAAAAAGUUUUAACGUCUAUGUUUUAGCAAUAAAAGCUUCACCAUAUAAAUAAAAACUCAGUCGAUUGUCACUAUUUAAUAAAGACUAAA